CGAUAAAGGGAUUCCCCUUUCUGGACAGGCGGGAGUGAUAUCAUACAUGUCGGUCGAUUAAGUCUGAAUCGAAAGUGUAUAUAUUUCACAACAAGGCAGUGUCGGCACCAAAGAAGCGCUUGAAGUAAACAACUCCUUGUCAAUUACACAUUAGCCUAUGUCAGGGGCGUAUUGCAUGUUUUAAUCGUAGAGGUAGAUCCCAGUAGUGCCUGGGUAAACCACCAAAGCAGCACCUUUGGGUACUUUCAGCAGCUCCUUGAGUGGAUCUCAACACUACUGGGUAGAUCUCCCCAGCAGCCGCAGGAGUAGAUCCCAGGAUGUCUGACAGUGAGGCUGACAGUGAUGUGGAUGAGAAGAAUCUCCCUUCCAGGGAGGAGUGCGAGGAGAGAUGUCAGAUGUUCGCCCAAGUGACCGGCACCGACACUGCUCUAGCCAUGUUCUUUCUUCAAGAUAGGGAAUGGAACGUAGAGACGGCACUGAAUGCUUAUUUCGCAGAGACAGGGGGUGAACCAGUGGGGUCAGGUCAGAGCACCAUCGUUGGCACCAACACACAUAGCAGAACACAAACAGUGAGAGCUGGACCGGAAGGACCUGAUCCAGAGCCUCACCGUAUCCGCCUCUUGUCCUGGAACCUGGAUGGCCUUGACCCUGGGAGCAUCAAGUCCAGGAUGCAAGCUGUUUGUGACAUCAUUAACAAGGAGAAGCCCCAUGUAGUGUUCCUCCAGGAAGUGACCCCCCUCACCCUCCCUAUCCUGGAGGAUGGGUGUGGCAUGUACCAGGUGAUCCCAGGGGGAGACAACCACUACUUCACUGCUGUCAUGCUGCGGGUUGGACAUGUACAGUUUGAAGAUGCUGUGGUUACAUCCUUCCCAACCAGCAAGAUGUUGAGAAACAUUAUAACAAUCAAAUGUCAUGUGAAGGGCAUCAGCUUCCAGGUGAUGACGUCCCACCUGGAGAGUACGGCUGCGCACAGUGAUGAAAGGAAGAGGCAGCUGGUACGGGCAUUCGAGGCGAUGAAACACGCAGAUCCUGACAGAACUGUCAUAUUUGGUGGUGAUACUAACCUGAGAGACAAGGAGGUUGCUCAGGUUGGAGGUAUCCCGGAAGCUAUCUACGACAUAUGGGAGAUGACGGGCCAGCGUCCAGAGGCCAAGUUCACCUGGGACAUGAGGAGAAAUGACAACCAUGAAUACCCAGGAUACAAAUCAUUCCUGAGACUGGACCGACUUUACAUCCGCCAUUGUAAGCCCAGAUCCCAAGUGACCCCCGUGUACUUCGAACUGGCUGGCCUCGCUCGUCUCCCCAGCCACAAGUUCCCCAGCGAUCACUGGGGGCUUCUGGCACACUUUGACAUCAAUGGCGUUUCCAAGCCAACCUGUGCGUCAGUCUAGCCAUUCACAUCACACACCUUGGCGUCCUUGUUGAUUAUCAUUGUCUAUGUGUGAAAAGUAAUCAGCAUUUCCAAAUUAGAUUAAUUGUUAUGUCAAGCAUUUGAUCAGAAUGUAUCAUUGCCUCCAGGAUAGAAAUGUUUAAAGAUCAUUGGAUUGAUCAGAGAAUCAUUUUUGCAAAAUAUUUGUUUGUUGAAAAAGUGGACAGUUCAUUUGCCAUGUGGAGAUAUAGUCUUGUUUCUGCUGUUGAGAUUUCAACAUUGUCUACUUACUUUCGCUGAGAGUAAAACACCUGAUUUGAUUGUUGUCAAUGAUAUUCAUGACUGGGAUAUUUACCCUUUCAUAAGAAAAUGAAUCUCAUUGACAGAUUGUAUGAUUAUUGUGCUAUCAUCAGGGGUGAGAAUCUUCCGCGGAUCCUUGAAUUUCCGUGAAUUUUAGUGACCACAAAUUUUGUUAAAAUCUGAUGGCUUGAAGGUCAAAGCCCCCUUAUGCCCCAUAAACACCCCAAAAUUAUGGACCAUGCUUCAUUGAAUUUUCAGCUGAAAAGGAAAAUAUCCAUUCUCAUCCCUGUAUCUUAGAGAAGGAAAAUAGGGUUGGAAAACAAGCACUUGUUUCUGUGGCAACCUAUGACUGUAAGUUGCUUUGUGUGCGUAGAAGGGAGGUUGUCACAAUGCUAAAAUUUAUGCUGCAUUGUUGACAGAAGUUUAUCAAUUUUUAUCUUCAAAUGCAAACACAACAGUGUGUUCAAUCAUUGUCACAUUCAUACCAUAUACCAGUGUCAUUUAUUGUCAAAUUGUAAUUCACAGUUUUCAUGUCACAUAAACUAUAUUCAUAUUC